AUGGUGGAGGCCUCAACACAAGAUGUAUGGCAGGAACCCUACUUCCUUAAUGCCAAUACAGAUGGAAUAUCUUGGAUAACUGCUAAUAACUCUGCAGCAAGUGUACAGAAAAUCAGUGUUAGAGAAGAGUUGUCAGUUCCAUAUAUUUUGGCUAAAAUAAAUUAUAAUGGUACCGAAGGAACCCCCACACUUGGUGCUUUUGAUAUUGGUGACAAUAGUCUGUUGGGAGCUCGUAUUAAUAUUACGGAUAAUGAAUGGUAUAUAACAAUUGAAAAGCGUCAGGAUUUCGAAAAUCCUCUACAGAGAAUAUACUUUUUUCAAGUUUACAUAAAAGAUGCAUCGGAUGCAAAUUCUGUUGAACAAAGUGUUUUUGUAACAUUGGAAAAUAUAUUCGAUAAUAAACCAACUGUAACAUACGGACCAUCACCAUGUAGAGUUGAGGAACUCCAUUCCGAUUAUCUUACCGAAUGUAUAUUCUCCAUUUAUGAUCCUGAUGGCAUGGACCGUAAUAAUAUUCAUAUUGCAGUUGAAGGUGAUUCAAGUCAAACAUCGACAUUCGCGUUUGUAGAAUUUGGUGAAACGACCACAUAUGAAAAACAAUAUAAACUAAAAAUUUUAAAAGAGCUACACUUCGACGAGAAGGCCUUGUACAAUUUGGAUGUAAAAGUUUAUGACGCCAACAAUAAUAGUGGUGAUAUAUUUGCUAUACUUGAAGUUAUCGAUCUGCCAAAUCGUGAUCCCAUAUGGGUCAAACCUUUGACAACGGCAACAUUUAAUGAAAAAUCGGAACAGUUUUUCACCUUGAAGGCAAUUGAUGGUGAUACUGGUAUCAACAAACCCAUAUGUUAUCGUUUGCAAUUUGAAGAUGAUUACUCGAAUAUAAUAUCUAUUAAUACAAGUUCGGGAAUUUUACAUGUCAAACCAAUUGAUCGUGAUGUUCUCAAUCAACAGAUAUUUAAUUUUAAUACCUGUGCCUAUAAAUGUGACAAUGCCUCAUGGACUAUUUGCAAUUCAACAAUAUUGAUUGUCCAGGAUAUUAACGAUCAUAUACCAGAAAUAGUAUUGAAACCACAGACGGUACAAAUACUGGAAGGAAAAUAUUUAACAUUGCCUCUCGAACAAUUUUACGUUGAAGAUGUCGAUUUGGGUACGAAUGCUUCAUAUAAUAUCUACUUUAUAAAUGAUAAUGGAUCAAUACAAUAUUCCAAUGCCUUUGCUAUGAUACCGAACAGUGGCUAUCAGAAAACUGAUUUUUCUCUAAGCGUAACACAAGCCGACAAAUUGGAUUAUGAAAACGAAGAUUGGAGAUCAUUUCAAUUAAAGCUCUUAGCAAAAGAAGUUGAAAAUGCGGAUCAUCAAAAUGAAUUUUCUCUACGCAUUGAAUUGAUAAAUUGGAAUGAUGAAUGGCCCGUAUUUGAAUUGGAUACAUAUGAAUUAGAGUUAUAUGAAAAUAUAACAAUGAAUACAAAUAUAAUACAAAUUCAGGCCAUAGAUCGUGAUGUGGAUGAUGAAGUUAUACAUUCUUUGGUGGGCAACAUUGAGGGCAUUGACAUCAAUCCACUUACCGGUUGGAUAUCAAUAAACGGAAGUAAUGUUUUUGAUUAUGAACGUCAAUCAUUGAUGAUUUUACAAAUUCAGGCAAAGGAUACAUUAAAUACAUCAUUUGAAGAGACUUUACACACUUCAUACACUCAACUGCAAAUAAAAGUUUUAGACGUUAAUGAUGAAACUCCCGAGUUACGAAUGCCCCGUCUUAUAAUAAAUGUUACCGAAAAUGCUCAACCUUUAACAUUGAUAACUAAUAAAAUCGAAGCCAGAGAUCCAGAUACGAUGGCAAAUUUACAAUUUGAUAUUAUUUGGUCGGCGUCAUAUGCCACAAAAGGUGGACAAGAAGUUGCGAGUUCAUUGUUUCUGGAAUGUUUUAUUAUUGAAGCUGUAAAGGAAACUAGGAAUUUGGUAUAUGGUCAUUUGAAAAUCAAUCCAGAUUUCACACAUGAAAUUGACUAUGAAAAAUAUGAUACAAUAUUUUUGACCAUACGGGUUUGUGAUAUAAAUCAAGAGAUUGGAGAAAAUUCUACAACAGCUGUAUUGACAAUACGCAUUGAUGAUCUUAAUGACAAUCCUCCUCAGUUUGCUGCAGGAACCUUAGAAGAAGUUCGUUAUGUAACUGAGAUGGGUGAUAUUAUGAACACUAUUGGAACUAUUGAAGCCUUCGAUAUCGAUGGACCCGGAAAUAACAAUAUAACAUUUGCUUUGAGACCCAUAGGCAAUCUUACCAAUCCCGGUUUAAUCAGCAUCAAUGAGACAACGGGACUACUACGAGUUACCGGUCUAAUACAAUGUGAUGUGCCAAAAAUAUAUCACUUAGAAUAUGAGGUGUUAAUAACCGAUUCAAUGCAUACAGUGAGAGGAAAGUUUAAUAUAAGCAUAAUAGAUAUUAAUAAUCAAGUUCCACAACUUGAUAUUUUCGAGCAACAAGUAUCGAUUUAUGAAAACUCAACUACAGGACAAUAUGUGGGUCAUGUUAAAGCCUUUGACAACGACAGAGACAGUCCCCAUAACAGCUUGGAGUUUAGUAUAAAUAGUGCCUUUACCGAUCUACAUAAUAUUUUUCAAAUAAAUAUAACAACAGGAGAAGUUUAUGUGAAUUUACGUAACGGUUUUAUUUUGGAUCGUGAUAUGGGUGUAACAUAUCAUUAUAUACCUAUUGAUAUUAAGGAUAAUUACAAUUUCUUAAAUGCUGUCAGUGGACCGGUCAAUCAAAGAUCAACGUUCCUCAAUGUAACUCUGUUGGAUGUGAAUGAUAAUGCCCCAAAAAUGCCCGAUUCAAAACAAAUUAUUUUCGAAUUCUCCGAAGCUGAUGAUAAGGUGAAAUAUCUUUCAUAUUUCAUUGCGCUGGAUAGAGAUGAAGAAAAUACAAGGAACUCAGAACUUGUGUACACUAUUCUAUCAAUAAAACCAGUAAUGGAUAAUAACCCAAAUGUAUCAUCAUAUGAAGAUCUUUUCACCAUGACUACUUUGGAUAAUCGUAUUGGUAAAUUAGAAUGUCAAAAAUCACUUAAAGGUUUUUAUGGCAUUUGGCAGUUGGAAAUUGAGGCAUCUGAUAAUGGUUUACCUAAGUUGAAAAAUAUUUCAGUGUAUGAGGUCAAUGUAAAACCAUAUAAUUUUCAUAUACCACAAAUACAAUAUCCUAUACAACAUAAAUCUAUUAGAAUAUGUUACUCUCUACAAGAACCUUUACGUCCACUGUAUGAAGCAGAUUGCAGUACACGUUUAAGACAUUUUGAAGUCUCUGAUCCCGAUGGCGGUGAAUAUGGUGAUGUACAUUUUGAAAUUAGUAGUGAUGUUGGCCACGAUCAAUAUUUUCAACUAUCAAAAGAAUCUCGAAAUUCCACGAAUUUAUAUGUGAAAAAUGUUUUGCCAGCUGGUAUAUAUCUGAUAAACCUAAGGGCAAUAGAUGGCGGUGGUAGCACAUCGGCUAUAUUGAAAAAUCUCAAAAUAGUAUUCGUUGAUAUGUUGGGCAAUCCGAUGUUUCUUGAAACAUCCUUCAUUACAACGUUCACGGAAAAUUCAACUGGUUUACUUGAAGAACGUUACAUACCCGAGGCCCGUGAUCCAAAAAAUGAAGGUUUAGAUGAUACCGAAGAACUAUAUCGUUUGUAUUAUUUUAUUGAUGAUACCAUUUAUACGGAAAAUUCAGAAUUAUUUCAAUUGAAUUCUACAACAAGGCAACUGAAAUUGAAAACCGCUUUGGAUAGAGAAUUAAUAGAUGAACUUCAAAUUCGAAUAAAAGUAACAAAUAAUGAAAACGGCUUGAUCACCAAUCCGAAUAGCAUAAAUUAUACGCUGGUGGUAAAUAUCCAUGUUAUUGAUGUUAAUGACAAUUCUCCGAAGUUUAUGCAGAAACUAUAUGCAGGUGGUUUGACUUCUAAGGAUUCGAUUGGGAAAUCAAUUUUAAUGUUGAAGGCAGAAGAUCCCGAUUUAGAUGAUCGCAUAACAUAUACAAUAGAUAUUGACUCCUAUGAAAGCCAUCUUAAAAAUGUUGUAAAAAAUGUCUCGGAUUUAAUAUCGUUAGAUCCUGAAACGGGAGAAUUAAAUCUUAUUUCUUAUGUACCGAAUAAUAUGGAAGGCUACAUGAUGUUUAAUGUAACGGCUUUGGAUUUAUUGAAUCACAGUGAUAUUACCUCGGUGAAAAUUUUCAUUGUCUCCGAAAGUAAUCGUGUUAAAUUUGUUUUCCUCAGCGAUAUUCAAGUGAUACGUAGACAGGAGAAAUUGCUUCGUGAUCAAUUACAAAACCUCUAUGACUAUGAUAUUUGCAACAUCGAUUCCAUUGAAGAUGUCACCAAUGCACGAUCACAAAAUGCUCGUCAAUCGACCAAUAACUCUACGGGAUUUAUUACAGAAGUUAAGGCACAUUUUAUACACAAUAAUGAAGCAGUCGAUGCUUAUGAAAUAAAAAAGAAAUCGAAUGAUUUGGCCUUCAUAUCACGUUUACAAAACACUCUUCAAACAUAUAACCUAAUACUAAAUGAUAUACCACAUUUGGAAGCUGAAAAAGAAUCACCACUUGUUGAUAAUUGGUUACUGACAGGACUCGUUGGCCUAUGUACAACACUUGGUUUGAUUGCCCUAUCAAUGACGGUGCUUUAUGUGGUUAAAGUUCGUAGCUUAAAGCGACAAUUGAAAGCAUUUGAACCAGCAGAAUUUGGUUCAAUUGCAUCGAAUCUCAAUCGAAUUGCUGGACCAAGUGCAAAUAUAUUUUCUGUGGAGGGUUCAAAUCCGAUUUUUCAAAAGCAAAACAAUGAGAAUAUUGUACCAAGAGGUGUCUAUGAUAAUGAAACAAGCUCUGAUUCCGACUCCGAUGAUGAUGAUGAAUUCGAAGGCCUACACAAUGAUCCCCUCUUCGAAAUGAAUAAUAUGAAAAAUAUUGAACAGAAAACCACACCAAAUUUUGAACAUAAAAUCCUCAACAAUGAUUUCUUUACCCAGGAUAAACUAACCAAUAAAGAAACAAAUGCAUCAAGACGUUAUUAACU